GCAGCAGGGCUUGCCGUGAGAGGGCCACUGGUUGCAAGCUUGAUGUCGCGCAUGCGAGCUGGUCCUUGGUGUGAACCAAUCCGAGGCACAGAGCCCUUCACGUGAUGGCUAGGCUUGCGCAUCACACAGCACGUCAUUCCCGCUUCAGCUCGAAUCUCGAUCGUUCACCCCCAUGGAAGUUUGCGCAUGGUCGGUUCGGAUGCAUCCUUCUGUGCAUCACGUCAUCAAUCGCCGAUGGGGUCCACGUGAGGAGUAGGAUACACUGUACCGUAAAGGCUCACGCGCAAGCAGCUGGAGCAAUCAUGAAUUGACAGGGCAAGCAGGAGGACAAAGCUCCUAGCAACAUGACUGCUUCUCCAAGGUCGAGACUCGAGACUCGCAGGGGCAGGGGGCCAGCGCGCGCGUUCAAAUUCUGUUGCUGCACAUUCAUGCCAUCGCGCGCGAAACAAGGCGGGGGCGUCUUACCAUGUGAAUCAUCAUUGCUCGAGAUGGUACCAGUGCGCAUCCCUUGUGGUCCAAGAUCGCGCUUGGCUGCAUGCUCUCACUCGCCAUUGGCUGAACGCAGCAGCUCCAUAAAGGCCAUCUGGGGUUGGACCAAACAUAGCACAGCACAAUACAGUACAGUACACCUAUUCUACCGAACAGUCCGUAGCAGAACACUUUGAUUUG